CCAAAGGCUCGGAUGCAUUUGUCAAUGGAUACCCUUGGAAUAGUGGACGAUACUGGUCAUGGGAUAGUAGACAACUAUGACAUGGCGAAAGGUCCGGGGUCGAGCAGCGGAGGCAGGGUCCACAGCAUUGAUGUCAUACUGGGAUUCACUAAAGACCAGGAACCUUUACUCCAUUCAUUAGAACGAGGCGACAGCCCAAAAGGCAACGGAGUGAAUCCACAGGAUCCUGAAAAGCAGGUCCACUCAGACCCCUAUGGGCACCUUUCAGAACUUGGCGACAGCAUCCAGCAUCCUUCCUACCAUGAAGCUGAUCUUUUCUCCAGUGACAAGUGUGAUGGUGACAUGGACAACCUGCACAAGGAGGUGGACGCUGCCGAGGGGUCCCCUGAGACAACGAAAGAGGAAGAGCACGCUAAAAAGAAACACCGAAGAAAUCGGACCACCUUCACCACCUAUCAGCUGCACGAGCUGGAGCGAGCCUUCGAGAAGUCCCACUACCCGGACGUCUACAGUCGUGAGGAACUGGCCAUGAAGGUCAACCUGCCUGAGGUUCGAGUUCAGGUGUGGUUCCAGAAUCGGAGAGCCAAGUGGAGACGUCAAGAAAAGAUGGACACCAACACCAUGAAGCUCCAUGACUCCCCCAUGCUGUCAUUCAAUCGCCCCCCAAUGCCUCCUAAAGUUGGGCCGAUGGCCAACCCGAUGCCACUAGAUCCUUGGCUGAGCUCGCCCAUUUCAAGUGCCACUCCCAUGCACAGCAUCCCAGGCUUCAUGGGCUCACCACAGGCCCUGCAGCCUACCUAUUCAAGCCAUAGCUUCCUUAACAGCGCACCUGGAAUGGUCCAAAGUAUGCAGCCCAUGGGUCCACCACCCUAUCAGUGUCCUCCCAGUUUCAGUGAUAAAUAUCCCAUGGAGGAUGACAGGAGUUCCAGCAUUGCAGCACUCAGGAUGAAGGCUAAAGAGCACAUUCAGUCGAUGGAUAAAACCUGGCAGCACAUGUAAAAUCAUAGAUGAAUAAGAACAAAUUAACUAACGUGAAUGUUUACAACCUGUUUUUGGUUUCAUGCAAGACUUAAAGGGACACGAAAUACCAAAGAUGUAAGAACUGUCACUAAUGUGCAACGCUCAGACGUGUUCAUUUUUGAUAAAACUAUUUUUAGCCUCAAGAAACUUGAAACAAUGCAUGCAAUGUUUUAUUAUUUUUUUCUUUUGCUUGAUUGUUUUAGCUCCAGAUGUUUAGAGACACUCAUAAAUGUUUAGGUGUAAAUAAACAAAUUUGUAUAUGAAUUUAGAUUUUAUCGUAACUUGAUAAUAGAAAGAUG